UCUUCUCGAGCUCCCAAGCUCAAGUAACCUUCUUCCUCAGCUUCCUUUUUUCUGCCUUAUCUGCAAACUUCCAACUACGAACCCUAACAACUCCGUCAACCAUUUUUCCUCUUCAGUUCAUCCUCUCUUUCUGGAGUCUUCGUAUUCAUGGCUUCUGGAUCUUCUGGCCGACCUACUUCUGCUUCCAAAGGUUUCGAUUUUGCUUCCGAUGAUAUACUAUGCUCUUACGAAAAUUACACUAAUCAGGAUUCCUCUAAUGAAACUCACUUAGAUCCAUCUAUUGCUUCUAAUUCUGCCAAGGAUUUUCAGAAAAACAGAAUUUCAAGGUCAUCAGUGUUUCCCACAGCUAAUGCCUAUAAUCAGCCAGAGGAUUCCUUGAGUCAAGAAAUGAUUUCGACUGUUGAAAGGACAAUGAAAAAGUAUACUGACAAUAUCAUGCGCUUCCUGGAGGGAAUUAGUUCCCGCCUUUCGCAAUUGGAAUUGUACUGCUACAACCUUGACAAGUCAAUUGGGGAAAUGCGUUCAGAUUUGGUCCGUGAUCACAGGGAAGAUGACUCAAAGCUGAAAUCUUUAGAGAAACAUCUUCAAGAAGUGCAUAGAUCAGUCCAGAUACUUAGGGACAAGCAAGAAUUAGCCGAAACUCAGAAAGAACUUGCCAAACUUCAGCUUGCACAGAAAGAGUCCUCAUCUCCCUGUCAAGAUGAGAGAACUAUGGUAUCGACCCCCGAGUCUAAGAAAAAUGAUGAUCUGUCAGAUGCACCUAACACUCAAUUGGCUCUGGCUUUGCCUAGUCAAAUUGCUCAACAGCCAUCCCACGCCCCUGUGCUGCAGCAGUCUGGUGCACCCCCACAACCUUCAUCACAAACUCAUAGCCAACCACAGCCGUAUUUCUUACCUUCUAAUCAGUUGCCAAACCCCCAAGGUCAGUCACAUCCUUAUCACCCAGCUGACAACCAGUAUAGAGUGCCACCAUUACAAGCUCCCCAACCCUCGCAAAAUCAAGUGAAUCAGACACCACAGACUCAACAGUUCCCCCAAUAUCAACAAUGGCCCCAGCUAGCUCCGGCUGUACAAGCACCAGUGCAACUAUCCCAGCAGCAAUCUAUUCAACCAUCCCAGCAACCACCAAUGCAACCACAGAAUCAGAUCAGGGCUCCAAGUCCCCAGUCAAGUAUCUAUCCUUCUUACAUGACUAGUCAACAGGCCAAUCCACCUCCCCCAGAGGGAAUAUCAGGUAGCAUGCCAAUGCAAAUGUCGUUUUCAGGAGUUGGUCAUCAGGAAGGAAUGCCUUAUGGGUAUGUUGGGGCCAAUAGACCUGCUCAGCCCCAUCCUUCCCCUCACGUGAAAGGUGGUUUCCCAUCACAGCCAGGUGAUGGAUAUGUAACUGGUGGAUCUCAUCCAUCAAUCUCUUCUGCCGGAACUUACAUGCUAUAUGACGGUGAUGGUGGCAGAUCUCAUCAGCCUCCUCAACCAGCUCACUACUCCCAAGGUGUCUAUCCUAAUACUAAUCCUUCAGUACCAAAUCUUCCGCCACCAGGCAGUAGCAAUCUUAUGAUUCGUAACCCUAGCCCUCAGCAAUAUGUUCGCAACCAUCCUUAUCAUGAGCUUAUAGACAAGCUGGUGAGCAUGGGUUACAGAGGUGAUCAUGUUGUAAGUGUGAUUCAACGGCUUGAGGAAAGUGGGCAGGCAGUGGACUUUAAUGCUGUGCUCGACAGGUUGAAUGGGCAUUCCUCAGGAAGUUCUCAGCGAAGCUGGUAAUGAUGACGGAUAAAACCCUGGUAGUGCAAUUGCCUCUAUUAUCAUCGCAGUUGUACUCCCUUUCCAUGUUUAUAAUAAAGCCUCCUAUGAUGUUCGUAUUUGGUUGCAUUCGGAGUUGGAGGUCCGAGAUCAUUGUAUAUUUGUGACCUUAUUUUCAAGUCAUCUUUCAGUAUCCAGAUCACUUUAAGUACUGUAGUUGUGACAGUCUUACUAUUUUAUUAUGUGAGAUUGUCUCUUUAAUUAAUGAUGUUGCUACUUGGUACGCAAAAAUCCAAUUUUGGGGUACGUCCUUGGUAUUGCCUCUAUCCAUUAAGUUCAUUUUCGUUCUCAAUAUGAAAAAUGGUUUGAUGUUCUUGUGUGUAAAGAA